GGAAAGGUAUGUUGAGGAAAUUAACGUAGAAACGUGGAAACAAACACUUGCGAUUUUACAAUAGAAACACCGGAAAAUCAUGUGUGCAUAAUUCUCCUGGAUCUACUGAAUAUGAAUAUUUCUCCUAUAGCUGUCAUGCAAAUGCUACACAAUAUGGCAGUGAGUGUAAAAAAGUCAAAACAAAAUGCAAAGGAUAAUACUUCAAGUGUUUUAUCAAACAUUGGAGAAUUACGUGAUGCUGCCCUAGCCGCUGUCCAAAAAUCGUUGAGUAAAAAUUGAAGUCAGCAGAUGGAGAGUUGUACUCAGUAGCUUGCAUAAAAAUUUGACUAUAAAUGGUAAUACAAGAGUUACUGUGCUGAUCAUGCAUGGCAUGUAUCAAUUGUGAAUGCUCAAUAGAUUUGACGAUCACUUGAUCGUAUAUAACAGUGUGUUACAAAGUGGUGCUAGGUGCUUUAGAGCAUAGUGACAAGCAGAGUGAUUUCACACACCUGAGCAUUCAUCCUCUCUAAGGGAUUCGAACACAGCUCGACUCAGAGUUCGGCGCAGCAGAGAUGGCGUUUCGCUCGCAUCGGCACUUACUCCGCAUGCAUUCCGUAUACGGCAUGAGCUGGCUCCGAUCGCUGGCGCGUCUUAUGCACAUGUCGAGUAUGAGACUGCAUCCGAAGCAAAAGCCGGAGUCGGUGGCCUCGCGCUUGCGUGCGGCCGUGAGAGAGCCCGGCAAGCUGAGAGCAACCGACCUUCCUCCAAAAUACAAGGUGCACAAGAAAACCGGCCUCAAUGCAUACCUGCAACGAAGGAAGGAAGAUCGCCUGCUCUACGGCCCGGCUGUCAGGCAAAAGACGAAAGCCGCGGCGAAGAAAGCGAAGACAGAACCUGCGGAAAGUCCGAACAGGCGAAAGAAAGGUAGCCAGAUGCAACGUGAUGUUGGUGGGAGCGAAUCAGCAGCAAUGGCAGCCGAUCCAGAGGGAUUGUCGAUCGGCACUGGUGAUUUCAACGAGGAGGCUUUUAAUUUAGAGAACAGCAUGCUGUUUGGCCCCGCACUUCCAUUCACGAAGGUUAACAGAUCAGCCGGCAACUACAGCGAUUCUUCAGAGUCUGAAGAUAGAAGACAAGUACUUACAUUAGGUGACAACCAUAAUCCAUACUCUGGAUCGAACACAGAGAGCAAUGUGAGGCAAGGCAGAGUGCCCAAAAACAAGUUGGACACAAGCCUCAUUAGUAUAAUGAAGGAGAAGAUACUUUCAUUUCCAUUGUGGAACCCGGAGAGAAGCAGAGAAGGCAUUGUAACCCCACAAGAGCACAAUUUAGAUAUUCCACAGCAUGAUACAGAGAUGUAUCCGAGCGUGUCCGCAGUGCUGAGGGAGACGGCACCACCACAGAGCACCCUCGCCUUACUCAGAUGGAAGAAGCAGAUGAUAGCACAGCUUGGCGAGGCAGGCUUCUACAAACUCAACCAGGACACGCUGCGCGCGGGACAGCGACUGCACGAUUGCGUGCAGGUGGCGCUAGGCGGCACCGGCGCGUCCGUCGCCGCCGACGACGACGUGCGCGGGUACUGGACGAGCGUCGCGCGAGUCCUCGACGACGUCUCAGACGUGCGGGCGCUCGAGACAUCUGUCUCGCACCGCCGCCUCAAGUACGCCGGAAAGACUGAUUGCAUCGCGCGCCACGACGGCCGCCUCUGCCUCAUCGACUGGAAGACUUCGAAGAAGCCAAAGCGGACACUGUCGAGUACUUUCGAUAAUCCCCUACAGGUGGCGGCAUAUGCGGGGGCGGUGAACUUUGACCUCUCGUUCGACGACCUUCAGGUGGAGCAGACGAUGUUGGUGAUAGCGUAUCAGAGUGGCGAGCCGGCGGACGUUCACUUCAUGUCGACGGAGGUCCUGCAAGGCUACUGGCGUCUGUGGCUGGAGAGGCUGUCGCAGUACUGGGCAGGCAUAUGGCGGAAGAGGCUGGAGUGAUGGGCCUCUGCCUACAUGCUCCAAAGUAAAUUCCAGCAAUUUGUUUUUCUACUGCGAAGUUGGUCAAAACCAGAGAUAGUCUAAUAGUUUACAGGUUUUGGCAUCGUUAUCGAUUUGAUAGCAAUUACUGUUUGAUUUCAAUGCGCGGCUGGGCAAUUUUCAGCAUUGUGAGUAGUGGAUGUAUGUAGCUGCAAUUUAGUUCAGGCCCUAGUCAGUUCAAGUACGAUAUCGGGGCAAUAAUCGAGCGAAUAACAAUUUUUGUAGCAUUUUUGAAUAAAGGUCAGUGAAGAUGCUGACCUUAAAUAGUUCAAUAGCCAGGUUGCAGUAAAAUGGUAAAUUAUUCGUAGAGUAUUUCAGCAUUAAAAUAAAGCAGUCUAAAAGAGACACCUAGAAUAUUCAACAAUCCUAGUAUAUUCAUACAGUAAAAUAAAGAUGUCCAUUCAUAAGAUAUCCUAAACAA